AUGAGUGCAAGAAAACUACAGCAAGAAUUUGAUAAACUAAACAAAAAGAUAAAUGAAGGUUUAGCAGCAUUUGAUGAAACAAAAGAAAAAAUACAACAUGCUGAAGUUGCAUCUCAAAGAGAUAAAUUCGAGAAUGACUUGAAAAAAGAACUAAAAAAAUUACAAAGAUCGAGAGAUCAAUUAAAAAUUUGGUUGAGUGAUAGUAGUAUCAAACUAGAUAAAAAUGCAUUACAAGAAAAUAGAACCAAAAUUGAACAUGCAAUGGAUACUUUUAAAGAAUUAGAGAAAAAUUCUAAGAUAAAACAAUUCUCAAAUGAGGGAUUAGAAUUAGAGAAAAACAAAAAGCAUUCAAGAUUUGGUGAUAUUCAAAAAGUAACGGAUGCUUGUGAUUAUAUAAGUAGUGUUAUUGAACAAUUAAAUUCACAAAAUGAAGAAUUGGAUCAAGAAUUAGAAACUCUUAAUAGUCAACUGAAGAAAAAGGGCUUUUCAUCUCAACAAUCAAUAGAUGAUACAAAAUAUAAAUUGGAUAGAAAUAAUACUCAUAUUGAAAAAUUAGAAACUGUAUUGGAAAAUUUAGAAAAUGAUUUAUUAGAUCCUGCAAAAAUUGAUGAUGUAAAAGAUGAUUUAGAUUAUUAUGUUGAUAUGAAUCAAGAUGAAGAUUAUGUUGAAUAUGAUGAGUUUUAUGAUCAAUUAGAACCAAUAGAAGAAGAAGAGGUGGAGGAAGAAGAAGUUGAAGGAAGUUUAGCUCAAAUGGCUGCUGAAUCUUUUGAAGAAGAAGAAAGAAAAAGAUUAGAAUUACAACAAUUAGGUCAACAACAAUCUGAAGCUACAAGAGCUACUCAAUCAGCAUCUGCAUCUACUAACUCAACCAAUUCUUCUGCAAUACCAGUACCUGGUAGAUCAGUUUCAAUAUCAAAUGAAGGUGGUAAUAAUAUAAGUACAAGUUUGAACAAUACUCAUUCACAACUUUCAAAUGGUCCAACUAACGUUAGUUCAUCGUCAACUCCAGUCAAGAAACAAGUAAAACCUCAAAAUGUAGUACCAGCUCCACCUCCACCAAUUACUAGUGCAAAUUCUUAUUCAAAUGUAAUAAAAGCAGCUCAAGCUAUAAACAAUAGUAAUGGUCAUAUUGGAUCUUCAAAUAUACCAAGUUCAACAAAUAAUACUCCCUUGUUAAAUAAUAAUGUACCAUUAGCUACAGCUCUCGCAUCAGCAAUAAAUCCAUCAUCAAUAUCAUCAACUUCAACAACACCUGCAAAAUCUCUACCCCCUGGUUUCAAUCAUACUCAUUUACCUUCAUCAUCAUCGAUUACAAAAUCUCAAUCUACAUCACCGUUAGUUACACAAUCAAAAUUGAAUGAAGAGACUCAACAAUUAAACAAAAAGAUUUCAAAUAUUUCAAAUAGUUCACAAUCUCCAUCAAUAAAUUCUGUAUCAACUACCAACAAUAUAGAUCCAUUGAAUGAAUCAUUAACAAGAUUAUUAAAUAUAACAAAUAGUAGAAUCAAUGAUCCAUUACCUAUGCAAUCAAUAAGUCAAUUAUUAGAAACUUCAUUAUUAAAUUGUCCAGACUCUUUUGAUGCAGAAAAACCAAGACAAUAUAGUCCAACUAAUGUUCAUCCUUCUUCAAUAGACUAUCCUCAAGAACCAAUGUAUGAAUUAAAUUCAACUCAUUAUAUGUCUAAAUUCGAUGAUGAUUUAUUAUUUUUUUGUUUUUACUAUAGUGAAGGUGUUGAUAAUUUUGCAAAAUAUAAUUCUUCAAAAGAAUUAAUUAAAAGAGGUUGGCAAUUUAAUAUUGAAAAAAAUCAGUGGUUAUCUACUAAAGAUCAUUCAAAAAACAAGAAUCAUACAAAGGAAUCAAGUCCAUUGAGUAAUGGCAAUAGUGAAAAAAAUGGUGAAAAAUUAAAUGAAAGUGAUUCUAAUAAUCAAAAUAAAUAUAAAAGAUAUUUUGAUGAAAAAACUUGGCUUAUACGUAAUUAUAUAUAA